GAUGACUGCCGCUGCAGCACUCGCAGCCUCACUAAUCCGGGCUCUGGGAAAUAAUUUCCCGCCGCGCGCUAGGAGGCCCCGGAAGCUAUUGGACUAUUUCCGGGUGGUUGUCAGUGACGCUCUCGAGCCGUAGUCAGGGUGGUCUGAGCGGGUGCCUGGUUGGAUUCUGGCUGGCGGGCCAGGUUCCUGCAGAUCUGCGCCAGACUUGGGAGACUGCUUUUGUUCCUUGAAUGCUUUCCGUUCAGCUUUCGUGGAUGCCAAUGAAAAUGGUGGCCUCCCAAUCUCGGGCCUCAUAUGAGCCAAGAGCUCAUGGACCCACUUCCCAGUGUGCCCUCAGAGAAAAGCAGUCAAUCCCUCCCAUCUUCCUGGUCUCCAGGAGCACUCUGAGCUCACCCAGCCUGUGCCUGAGUUUCUAUUUCUGGUGCACAGUCCCCUUUGGAAUCUCCAAACCCAGCAGAUUCCUGCUGUAUGCUCCUCCACCACUCAUCCCAAUGGAAGAAGGAGGGAGUCUCUCUGGAUCUGCCACGUGUGGGGUUCCUGCUCAAAGAGCAGUGGUCUGACUGUCCCUGGAUCACAGUUUAAGGUAUAUUUUAUAUAUGUUGGGGAAAAAAAACCUCAACUGAAGAUAAUAAAGAAAAGACAGCUCUUCUACUGACCACUUGGAAGGAAAUAAUUUCCCACUUAUUUGGGAUUAGAAGACCAGCUCAUUCUCAGAAUCUUCCGAAACAAAAUUAGAAUGGAUUGCGGAGAUGAAUAUUCCCAUAAUUCUUUUGACCUACAUUGUCUGUUAGAUUCAUUUCCUGGAGACUUGGAGUUUAAGCAGAUCUUCAGUGACAUUGAUGAAAAGAUAGAACAAAAUGCUACAAGCAUAGAACAUUGCAUUAAAAAAAUACAGUAUGAAGUUAACAAACAGUGUCCAGAUGUGCAGCUGCGAACAACAACUGACUGCCUUGAAUGGCUAGAUAACUAUAAUUAUAAUCCAUCCAAGUCACCGUCCAUUCCCCAUGGAGAUUUGAUAAAAUUCCUCAAAACUCUGCAAGAUUUGUUGAAGAGUGAACUAAAUCAAGAAGAAAUGAUACUGGAUUUACUUUGGGACCUCUCCUGCCAGAGCAGCAUUUCAUUCCCAUCACUGCUAAGUGGAGCGUCUUUCCAUUUCCUCUCUAGGACUUCUCUUCAUUCUGUCGAAGAUUAUUCCUCUAUGGAUGUAAAGUCUAUCUGGGAUAAUAUAAGACUACAUCUACGGCGCUUCUUAGUGAAGAGAUUACAAAGCCUUAAUGAAAUAAGCCAUUCACAGCACAAGAUUUGGUUGAAAAAUCAGUGCAUACAACAACUCUUGUUUCUUUAUCCAGAAUCAGAAGUUAUAGUCAAGUACCAAAGCAUACAGAAUAAACUGUUGGCCAAACUGCUGCAGAACUAUUUUCCUUCUUACAGCAGAGAAUCAAAUUUAGACGACAUGGUUCAUGGAUACCAAAGUACAAUGCUUAAGUUAUAUGCUAUGAUAAAAGAGGAUUUUAACACACUACAUGAAAUUUUAGCUCCAACCUCAACAGUGAAAUUCAUUAAGGAAACUUACCUGGAUACUGUUACAGAAGAAAUGGCAAAAUUUCUUGAAAGUUUUUGUGAGCUGCAGUUUGAAGAAAGUGCUGUCCCCGUGAUUAGAACAAGCAAGAGCUCCAGCAGGCAUAGAGGAGCAGUGCAUGCUUUGGUAACUCCUGAAUGCCCACAGAAAGGAAGAAACUUUUUCCUCUCCUUUGAUAAACUCAAAUUCUUAUCACAACUCAUAAAAUCCUUCUUGAAGCUGGAAAAAAAUGUUAAAGAAUUAUUGGAAGAAAUAUUAGUAUCUCUCAAAACACCCAGAAAUAUUUCAGGAAUUUUGGAUCCAUCCAGUCAAGAAGUUAUGAUAGAGAAACCCAGAGCAAGUGAAAGCAGAGUUCCUUCAGAACAAUUGCUACUGAUCAAAGAGGCUACUUUACUAGAUUUUGCUUGGCGAAGUGCAUUUAAAAAAGUGUCUCUUCCCAUGGCACAUUGUAUAACAAUAGCAAUUGAAGAUUUUUCCACAAAAAUUCUCCAGCAGGAACAGAAUGAAAGGACUUUAACUGUAACCUAUGCUAUGAACCUUGUAAAUGUGCGGGAAGUUUGGCAAGACAGCCAUGUGGUUCCUGAGGAAGAGCAACCAAAGAAAAUUGCAAAGUUUUGUUCUGACAUCAUGGAAAAACUUGACACAAUGCUUCCACUGGCUCUGGCAUGCAGAGAUGAUUCUUUCCAGGAAAUUAGAGCAAACUUUGUGGAGGCCUGUUGUAAAGUGGCAGCAGCUGUCCUGGCGAGACUGCAAGAGAGAAGCAAGGAGUUUCCUUCCAAAGCACCCCUGACCAGCUUACACAUGUUGCUCUCCACAGCAGUCUAUGUCUUCCAGCAUUUUAUGCAGUAUGAUAAUAUGAUGAAAGAAAACACUAAGAAACCCAUAUUCCUGGUGCCUGUCCAAAGAUAUCAGGAAUUCAUCAACACUCUCCAGUUUCAGGUUACGGACUACUGCGUCAGAGUUUGUGCUACAAGCAUUUUACAGGAUGCUGAGAGCCACCACUGGGAUGACUACAAAGCUUUUUAUGAGGGGGAAAGAUGCUCCUUCUCACUCCAGAUGUGGCAUUAUUUCUUCUGCGCUCUUCAUCAUGAUCUCUGGACCAUUCUGCCCCCUAAAUUAGCCCAGGUGAUCCUCACAGAAGUGCUGGAGAAAUCUUUGGGUCUACUGGCCUCCAGAUAUGCUCGGGCCCAUCCCAGUUACAAGAGAACUCCACAGAUCAGACUUGAUGUCACAACAAUUUUAAUAUGCACUGAGAACAUGUUAUGGUCAGUUUGCACAUCUGUACAGAAGCUUUUGAAUCCUCAUGAGUAUAUAGAUGAUCAAAUUUUUAAAAUUCAUACACAUUGUAAUAAUUUGUUCACAACAUUAGUCAUUUUGACUUCACCUUUAACUGAAUUAUAUCAGACUUUUCAGCAUGGCAUAGAUGAUUCUGCUUCAGAUUCCAUAAAACCAUUUUUCAAGCAACCACUGCAUUGGUUUUCUUGCAUAUCACAUUUCUACCCUUCUUUACUCAGGACUCCAUCAUCUGGAGAACUAACAGCCGAGGGUCGAUUGAAACUGCUCUUAUCCCAGCCAGGUUGUAAUUGGAACCUGCUUCUAGAAACCCUACUGCAUGACGAUGGUCUUUUACUGAGAAUCCUGCUGAAGAGCUCAAAACGUACCUUUCAAGAACAAGCUUCUGAUACAGACAAUAGUCUGAAUCAAGAAUCCAGCUUGAUAGAAACCAUCUUUAAAGUACUGUACCAUUGCAAUUUUUCUCCACAAACAUUUGGAAAUGUUUUUGUGAACUACAUGGAAGAAGAACAAUUAUGGGACUUUCUAUAUAAUAUCCCAGUCUCAACGUGCAUGGAGUCCGAGCUAGAGGUCAUCCGAUGCUUGAGAUUGGCACUGACGGAUGCUGUCAAGGACAUUGUACAGCAGAUAAUAUUUGUGAUGAGCUCUGGGAGGAACUGUGAGACCAACUUCAACAAGCACAGAGUUCCUGAUUGUUUGCGUGAGAGCAUUCCCAAGGAAUGGAAUUAUAUUCCACAAGAAACUAAAAAGAAGGAAUCAAGCAAAGGCUUCACAAGGCUUGCUGCUCAGGCAGUAUCUAUUGUAAUCAGCAAGUUACCUACAGUGAUUGCAUGUUUGCCUCCCCCAAUUAAAUACUUCUUUUUUCUGUCUGAGAGAAAAAUGUCAAAAAACUUUGUUGAAUUGAAGAAAGCUAGCCUUCUUGUCUGGAACUUGAUUGUAAUUAUAUGUCGGAUAUUUGAGGAUGGAAACACUGUGGAACUUUUAACAGGUGCCUCCCUUGACAGAGGGAGUAAAGAGAAACUUGGUUUAAUCUGUGUGUGUUUGGAAAGCAUCAUGGGAAAGCAGACAAGUGGCCCUAAUCACAUGACCCAGAAGGUCAUACAGAGCAUCGAGCAGGAAAAACCCAACUGGCUUGAGAGCCAAUUGGUGAAAGCAAGGAAACUGAGCACCGAAUGUGCGUUUAUGACAAUAGAGAAAAGCACAGCCUUAGAAGAAGGAGAUAGUGCUCUUGAACCGACUGAGCAGAAAAUAAACAUGAUGGUCCUGGAUAUCUGCCACAAACCAGGUGGCAGCGAGUACCUGCGGCAAAUUUAUCACAUCAUGCGGCUCAAUGAGGAAUAUUUAAAAGAACAGCUGUUUUCUAUGAAUGGUUCAGAGGAAAAGCCAUUACCCAUCAGACCUUUAAAGACGACCUUGAGGAGUGUGGAAGAUCAGCCUUCUGCCUUUAACCCUUUCCAGGUGUACAAGGCAUUUAGUGAAAACAUGCUAGAUCAGUCAGCCAUCACAAAAUGGAACUGGAAUUGGUCAGACUUGCUGCCAGAUUAUCUGGGACUGGAUAAGAUGACCUUCAGUGUACUGCUCAAAAACAGAUGGGAAAUGAGGAAGGAUGAGAGACUGGAAGAGGAAGAAAAAUUGAUGCUGGAACAUUUAAAACAAUUUUGCACCAUCCAGGACUCUUCUGCCACAGAUAACACAGAGGAACCAUAAUGUGCAGAAAACAGCAACAGCUUUAUUUUAGGAAAUAAUCACAUGUAAUGGAGUAGGAUUUUUACUACAGUCAGAAUGAACCUCAGAUGUGCUGUGAAGCAUGAAACCAAUAACUGAGUAAUCUCUGAAAUGAAAAGGAAUACACCACAUAACGAAUAAAGUGCUACAUAUUUUUUUACUUUAAAAAUAAUUUCAAAUGUUUUUCUUUCCUCAUUUGUUCUCUAUAUAUGAUAUAACUGCUGCCAUCUCGUGUUCCCUUUGAAUUAUUUUUGUUUCUUCUUAGUCUUGAAGUAUCUAUGACAACAGACAAAAUGUUUGGAAAUCUUUUCCAUAAGGAUUUUUAAAUACAGCGUUUACGUGUUAGGUUGAAUGGAGUAACAUAGCCCCUUGAGGGUCAUCUGAAACUUUGAAUUUAAUUUUAUAGCUGUAGUCCAGGUUCAGGUCUUAGUCACUUUUUAAAACCCACCAGUGUGCCAGCCUCCUUUUCCAAAGCCUCUUCCUCAUGCAGUUUAUCUGAAUCAUAACCACAAAAACAUUCUCCUGAAGUAUAACUUUAGUCCUAUCUCUCCCUAAGGUGGUUUUUCAAAUACCACGUUCAAACUUUCAAUCCUAUGCUUUCAGAUCCUAUACCCAUUGUCUCCAUAAUCGAGCAACUGCUUGUCAUCCUCUUGGUUCAUGUGCUUACCAUUAUUCCCAACUGGAAAGUACCUUUCUUCCAAAACUCAUUCAAGCAAUCCCAUGGUUUCUGUUAUUUCUUUUAUUUCUGUUAUAGUCACACACACACACACACACACACACACAGGAAAUGGAAUGUGUUCUAGUGCCCUGUACAUCAAAUUAUAAUUACUAUAUUCUUCCUAUUAGUACAUGGUACUAGAUUAUGAAAACCUCAAAUGGCUUGCAAUACGAGCCAUUUUUAAGAGAUUUUUAAGCCAUUUUUAAGGGAUUUCAUAGUCUCCCCAAAUCCCUGCCACAGAAUUAUUCAUGUAUUGGGCAAUUAAUAAACACAGUUGUUUGAAUGACUGUCAUUAAAAGAAGACAAAAAGGCAAUUUGACUGUUGAGCAAUCUACAGGAUUAUCUGGGAGAAGCCUUACCUCUUUUAGAACAUAUGAUAUCGAACUUCAUGAUUCUGAUAUUCUCAGAUUGUCCAUAUUCCCACAUUCUGUGAUUUUUAUAAAAUAUGUGUAGGCUACACAAUUUCCAAAGGAAAGUACUUAUGCAUUUUUCAAAAAGCAAAAGCUUAGAGUGCAGAGGAGGCCACCUUAGAAAAUCUCUUGCAUUAAUUCCUACAUAAAAACAUAUAAAUGGCCAUGUAGCUAGCUGCCUACCAGUAACACAUCUUAUUUCUAAAAAAUGUAUUUUUGUUGACCAGUAUAAUCAUGAGUCAAGUGUUUUAAGACACAGUUGAAGUAAUUUCUAAAAAUUCUAUACAGGCUGGGACACCUGGGUGGCACAGUGGCUUAAAAUAUCUGACACUUGGGUCUCAGCUUAGGUCCCAAUCUUGGGACCUCAAGCCCCACUUUGGGAUCUACACUCAGGGUGGAGUCCGCUUGAGAUUCUCUCCCUCUCCCUGCCCCUGUACCUCUCCCCCCACUCAUGCUUUCUCCCUAAAAUAAAUAAUUUAAAAUUUCUAUACAAACCAUUUAAAAAAUAGUAAGAAAUUUUCAUGAGAAGUGAAUUUACCUAUAAACAGUUACUAUAAUAACCAAUUUAAGACAACAAUUGAGUUUCUUCAGCUUUGUAAUGGUCUGUGUAAAAUUGCAUAUUUUACUAGAAAGACACUAAAAUAGAAAGUCAAAAUAAAAAUAAACUGAGCCAAUUAAAUAAUCUUACAGAGUAAAGGAUUUCACAUCUGGGUUCUUGUCUUCUAAUAUAUCUAAAGAUCAUCUUUUAACACUAUUUUUUUUAAUUGAAUUUGUACAUUUCUAUAGUAAUCCUGAGAAGUGACUUAUUUCCUCUAGAAAAAAAUUUUCUCUAUGGCUUCAUUUGAAAGGAAUUUAGAAUAGUAAGGGGAGAAGGAGAUCAACCGGAAGGAGAGAAAAAUAGAAAACAGAAGAGCUUGCAGAUGAAUUUUCUCCUUCUCCUUCUUCUCCUUCUUCCUUUGAGCAGAGAGAGAGAGAGAAACAGUGAUUGAGCAGUGGGGAGGAGCAGAGGAGAAAGAUGCCAGCACAUAGCUCCAUGCCCAAAACACAACCUGAUGCAGAGCUCGAUUUCAGAACCCUGAAAUCAUGACCUGAGCUAAAAUCAAAAGUUGGUUGCUUAACCAACUGAGCCACCCAGGCUCCCCCAAUGAAUUCUAUUUUUCCUUUGUGAAAUUACUGCCGCUGUAAGUAGAAUAAAAUUUAUAACUGGGUAUGCUAAAUGAUAAAACAUUGAUUUAUCAGAUCAUUUUGACUUUAUGCUUAACAUGUUUCUUAAGUAUAAGAAUGGUAUUUCAAAAUGGUUACUCUUUUUCAUGUUUAUUUUACAUUUGUGUAAGUUAACAACAGGAAUGAAGUCUAAUACUUUAUAAAUCCCAAUAUGCUUAUUACAAAAGUACUAUCUUCCUUCUGUGUUCUGUUUAACUGUAUUUUUAUGUAAUUAUAAAGAUAUAUCUAUUUUAUUAAUGGUUUAUCAGUUACUAUGUGAAACAGUAUGAAUUCUUAAUAAAAUAUAGGUGAUAA